CUCCCAAAUUCAAACAUUUCAAAAUUAAUUAUUUAAAAUCUCUCUUUUUCUCUCUAUAAAUAUAUCACAAAAAUCAGGCAAUUUCGGGGGAAAAAAUCAUCAGAAAAGAACCAAAAAUAAGAAAUUUUUAAUUUUUUUUUUUAAAGAUAUGGCUCUACAAAGUUUUAGUUCAAUAAAAGAUCCUCGUUUUUUGGUUAAAAAAUUUCUUGCUAGACCUCAACAUGAAGGCCUUGGCGCUGUUGUAAGAAGAAGCAUCGGCAGGUUUGAGCUCAAAUACUUUGAUCCAUUCCUUGUUCUUGAUGAGUUUUUUGUUACUGCACCUGCUGGGUUUCCUGAUCAUCCUCAUAGAGGAUUUGAAACUGUCACCUACAUGUUACAGGGAGAAAUGAACCAUGAAGAUUUUAAAGGGCAUAAAGGAAGAAUUGGAGCUGGUGACUUGCAAUGGAUGACUGCAGGCAAAGGCAUUGUUCACUCUGAAAUGCCUGCCUCCCAUGGCACCCAACAUGGCUUACAACUUUGGAUCAAUCUUUCCUCCAAACACAAAAUGAUCGAACCGAGGUAUCAAGAAAUACACAACGAGGACGUAGUAGAAGCUACAAAAGAAGGAGUAAAAGUGAGAGUGAUAGCUGGAGAGGCCUUGGGAGCAAAAUCCUCAAUCUACACCAAAACUCCAACCAUGUACUUGGACUUCACUCUCAGCCCAGGAUCUCGCAUUGAGCAGCCGAUCCCGUUGGGGUGGAACGCGUUUGUGUACGUGCUAGAAGGCGAGGGUGGAGUGUUCGGGAGCAUGAAAUCGAUGCCGAUUAUGCCACAUCACCUUCUUUUAUUGGGGAAUGGGGAUGGGUUGGAAGUUUGGAACAAGUUCUCCUCCAAAGCGUUAAGGUUCAUAUUGGUUGGGGGUCAGCCAUUGAAUGAGAGUGUUGUGCAGUUUGGGCCAUUUGUGAUGAACACUCAAGAAGAGAUUGACCAAACCAUUGAGGAUUUUGAGAAUUGUACAAAUGGCUUUGAAAGAGCAAGACAUUGGAGUUCUCAACCUUAAGCUCUUGCUGCCUCGUCUCUUUGUUUAUUUUACUCUCAUAUUAUUAAUUGGAAUUUUUUACACACAAAUUUGAUCCUUCUAAAUUUGUAAAGUAGAAUGUGUCAUUUAAUUUAAUUCAUAUGCAAUUAUUAUUAAUGUAUUGUUACAAUUUAUUGAAUAUAAAUUGUAACAAAUGGAAAGAAAAGGUAUGUGGAAAUACUUUCUUAUUACUUUCA